AGUGUCACAUCGAUUAUACAUCGUUCGACGUAAUAAAUAUUUUUCGCUCCUAAUAUUUCUAAGUAUUAAUAUAUAUUUGUUUCAUUUGAAUCAGACAUUCUGUGAAUUAUAAAGUUUGAAAUUUCAUGCAACGUUGCAUACAAACAACAAUCAAAUACGUGUGGAAAACCCAAUAAACUUCUAUAAUUUCAAUUUUUGACCGAUUCAAGUAAGAAUUGUUAAUCACUUUGACACGUAAAACCAUCAAUUUUCAGCGUGUAUCGCAGAAUCAUGGCAUAUAAAAUACAAAAUAUUCCAAACCAGCAGCGAAUGAAAAAUAUCACCGAACUACCUGAUGUAUGUCUGGAAUCGAUCUUUCGGUUUUUGGAUCCGCUAGACUUACUCAAUUUGGCCGAAACAGAAGAACAUUUAGACUUACCAAACCGUCGACUCACUCCACAAGCCAGUCGAUUGUUUUUCCAAGAUUGCCACUCCAGACGAGUGUUCAUUUAUAUGAAUCUCUUUUCAAGCAGCUGCUCGCCCAUCAAAUAUACGAAUGACAGCAUUGAAAUCAAUGAAAAAGUCCAAGCAUCCCAGGUUGUGCGUUGCUUCGGCCACCUGAUUUCGGAUUUAUUGAUCGAUCUUGACACAUCCGAACCAGUCGACGACUUGGUAGAUGACACCUUCAGAUGUUGCUCAGAGUCGUUGGUGUCAUUUUCGCUGCGAGGGAUCGCAUAGCAAAUGUUGAUCGGUGAGGAGGUGGUGUUCAAAAAUGUCCGAAAAGUGUCUAUCAUCGGUGGUAAAUUGGGACUUGGUUUAAAACUAAAUCGACUUUUUCCAGAAAUGCGUUGGCUUGAAUUGUGUCCCGAAGAAGUCACCGAUCCAGAGUGCAUCCAAGAAACUUUUCCACAUUUAGAGUAUUUGAAAAUUAAAGCAUAUGCUUACAUUGAAUCACAAAACAUAACUAGGAGAAAUCUGAUGGUGGUUAUUGAUUUGAACCCACAACUUCGACGAUUAAACCUGUUAUCUGAUUGUGACCCAAAUACAUGGAAUCAUGUCAGCAUGAACUUGAAUCAACUUGAAGCCUUAGAUAUUGUCUAUAGCCCAAUACUAGUACAUAAAUAUACGGAUGUUAUCCAGUUUGAGAGUGUCCAACAACUCACCAUUUCAAUCAUAAAUUCCGAUCUCGAGAGAUACAAUGCCGAACGUGCAACCAUACUAACGUUUAAUCGCCUCAAAGAGUGCACAUUGAAGGGUCGCGUUAAUGACGUAUGGUAUCAGUUUGUUCUCGAAAAUUCAACCAUCGAAAAACUUACAAUUGUUUCGGAAAAUGAUUGUCUGUGCAUUGAUCAGCGUCUACUGCAAAUUGUGAAUAAACUCACAAAAUUGACUGAAAUAUCCAUAGAUGGAUGCAGAUUUUCCGUCGAAAAGGUGAAUCAGUUUUUAGAGAAAGGCAACUAUUUGACCAGAGUUCAUUUGAUCGGAAACAUAAUGCCAGCUAGGUGGAAAGAACAGGAAUUACUUGUUCUACACCCAGAAGAGAAGAUGCAUAAGCGAGAAUUUAACACAGAUAAUUGGAUACUUACUAAAAAGGAUAAUUUCAGACCCACACGGUAUCUUGAAUGUGAUUUGGCUUCGGUUUUACUUGAAAGACGAGGUACAAUCUAGUUUGAUUUAUUUAUUUAAAUUAUGGUUUAUUUAAAAUAUAUUCUAAAUACAGCUUCGGAUAUAUUUGAAAAAUUAUCCGUUACUUAUAAUUCAUCAUUAAGUAUAUUGUUCAUUAUUUUUCAAGCAAAAUAUUUUAAGGACAUGAAAAUAAAAAAAAACUGUAUGUAGCAACAAUAAAAAAAGCAAAUCAUUUUUCAACGUCAAGCAAAGGUAUGGAUAAGUUGUUUUCAGCAUUUUCAUACAUCUCUACGUGAGUUAAAUUCUUCUCUUAGAUCAGCUCGGUGAGGAAACUCGAAAAUAUCAUUCGUAUAGAACAAUAGAGCCGGAAAAUAUCUCGCUUAUUAUGGUUUUUGAGAAUUCAAUUUCCAUCGUUUCGAAAUUUGCAAUUAUACGUGUGGAUUGUGUCAAAAGCAAUAAACCCUCCCCUCUAUUGACAUUCAAUGAUAUUUGGCACAAUGUGACAUUACAUUUUGAGACAGACAAUUUCAUUAUCACUUUUAUUAUUAGAAAUAUUGUUAACAUCGCUGUCACACCCAACAUCUCUUUCUUGAUCUUCAUAUCGUUGCUGGAAUUAUUUUGUUAAAAAAUAUCAGGUCUGACCGAGUCGGGUCUGACUAAAUAAUGGCCAACAAAACACAAGAGGCUGCAAACCACCAACGAACGAAAAAUAUCACCGAAUUACCAGACAAUUGCCUCGAAUUCAUAUUUCACUCAUUGGAUCCGCUAGACUUACUCAAUUUGGCCGAAACAGAAGAACAUUUGGACUUACCAAACCGUCGACUCACUCCACAAGCCGGUCGAUUGUUUUUCCAAGAUUGCCACUCAAGACGAGUGUUCAUUUAUAUGACCCUAUUUUCAAGCGGUUGUUCGCCCAUCAAAUAUACGGAUGACAGCAUUGAGAUCAAUGAAAAAGUCCAAGCAUCCCAGGUUGUACGUUGCUUCGGCCACCUAAUUUCGGAUUUGUUGAUUGAUUUUGACGGUUCAGAAUCUUUCGAUGACCUGGUAGAUGACACCUUCAGAUGCUGUUCCGAAUCGUUGACAUCACUCGUGAAAUUACAAAGCGCAUGUUGACUGGAGACGAGGUGGUGUUCAAAAAUGUUCAAAGAGUGUCCAUCAUCGGCGGCAAAUUGGGGCAAAGAUUAAAACUAAAUAGACUCUUUCCACAAAUGCGUUGGCUUGAAUUGUGUCCCGAAGAAGUCACUGAUCCUGACAGCAUUGAAGUAUCAUUUCCACAUUUGGUGUAUUUGAAAAUCAGAGCAUAUGCUUUCAUUCAAUCACGCAUUACGCGUAGAAAUCUGAUGGUGGUUAUUGAUUUGAACCCACAACUUCGAAGAUUAAACCUGUCUGGCUGUGACCCGAAUACAUGGAAGCAUGUCAGCACGCAAUUGAAACAACUUGAAGCCUUGGAAAUCGUCUAUAGUCCAACACAAGUACAUAAAUAUACGGAUGUUAUCCAGUUUGAGAGUGUUCAACAACUCACCAUUUCAAUCAUAAAUUCCGAUCUCGAGAGAUACAAUACCGAACGUGCAACCAUACUAACGUUUAAUCGCCUCAAAGAGUGCACAUUGAAGGGUCGCGUUAAUGAAGUAUGGUAUCAGUUUGUUCUCGAAAAUUCAACCAUCGAAAAACUUACAAUUGUUUCGGAAAAUGAUUGUCUGUGCAUUGAUCAGCGUCUACUGAAAAUUGUGAAUAAACUCACCAAAUUGACUGAAAUAUCCAUAGAUGGAUGCAGAUUUUCCGUCGAAAAGGUGAAUCAGUUUUUAGAGAAAGGCAACCACUUGACCAAAGUCCAUUUGAGUGGAAAAAUGAAAGUGAUCGAGGAGGAUGAUCCAGAAGAAGAGAAGCACAAAUGGAAACUAACCGAAGGCAAUUGGAAACUUACCACAUUACCCACCCUUUAUGAUUCAGCGGUUUUGCUAGAGAAGCAAUGACACGCUCGAAAUCUCAUUUAUCAUUCGUUCACCAAAUAUUAAUUCCAUUAUUUUUCCAGCCAAUUUCGAUAGAAUUGUAAAUACGAAAAAAAACUAGUUAGACUGUAAUUACAGUAGGUGACAAUAAAUUCUAUGGCAACCAGUGAAUGAACCAAUUAA